UUAAGUUAGGUGAACCACGACAUACUACACUUCUUUUGUAUAUAGAAAGAAAGAGUCUGUGAAUACUACUCAAAAUUCCCUCAAAAAUAGACCAUAUAAUAACUUCAUCUACAAGUAAUUAUUAGAAAUAAUAUAAAUUUUACGAAUCAUCACAUAACAUUAUUGUGAAAGGAAAAUGAACAGAUUGCCACCAGGAUUUCGAUUCCAGCCAACAGAUGAGGAGCUUUUGUUUGAAUACUUAAGAUGUAAAAUGUUUUCUCUUCCUCUCCCUGCUUCUAUCAUUCCUGAGGUCUCUUUUUCUAACUAUGAUCCUUGGGACUUGCCUGGUGAUUCCAUGGAAGAGAAGUAUGUCUUCACCAAGAAGGAAACAAAAUACAAGAACAAGAGCCAAUAUAAAAGGGCAACAAGAUCCGGUUAUUGGGAUAUUAUUAAUGGUUCGGAGAAACAUAUGUUUCCUUCUCCAAACACAAACUUAGGAAGGAUGAUAAUGAAGGGCAUCAAAAAAACUUGGGUGUUCCAUUUUGGAAGAUCUGCUAACAAUCAACAUCCAACUCAUUGGUUCAUGCAUGAAUAUAGCUUAGCUCUCAAUAUUGAUCAUAAUUACGAUAGUAAUUAUAAAAUAGAAGAUUGGGUAGUUUGCCAUAUAUUUUUUAAUCAAAGAAUGGAAGAAGAUAAUGAAGCUAUUGUGCUAGAUGAUGGUCAUGGAAAUUAUAAUUUACGUACAACUAGUUGCAUGUUUAAUGACAUGGCAUUGUUCAACCAUUCAAGCCCUUGUUCUUCUUCGUCUUCGUCUUCCUCAAAUUCAAUUAUUGAAGAUUCUUCAAAUGACUUACAAUCUGAUGAAGAAAGCAGUUAUUUUUCGUAAUCAUUGCUUUAAUUUGCUGAGAGUAAAUUACUUACAACUUUCUUCAAAUUACUUUUAUUUUGUAAGAUAGCUUAUUUGUAUUAGAGUGUAGGUUGAGGGAUGGAGUAGACUAUGUGAGAAUCGAAUUUAAAAUCUUUCCUGAAAAAUGGUAUUUAUUUCCCAAUUUUUAAUGGCCU